AGACCUCAUGACGAACAAAAAGCUGAAAAACAAGAAACCAACUUAGAAAACCACGAAACGCCCGAUAAGAAAAGACGCAUAUAUUCUCCAAAACCUUUAUCUUCAGAUAUUAUACAAGAAUGUGUUUCAUCCUUAGAAUCAAAUAUAAAUAACGAUACAUCCUUUACAGACUCUACCAAUAAUGAUACUACUUGUAAUGUAAUGAGUGAUGAUCCGCUGUCGGAAAUGAUUGCAGAAACAAAACGACUUGUAGAAGCUGGACUUUACGUUGAUGACGAAGGAGAUGAUGACGAAAGCACACAAAGCAACAAUACAACUACUGAUUUAAAUGAGGAAAUUGAGAAUUUAAAUGAGGAAGUAGUGACAGAUUCCAACAACUCUGAAACGAAUUCUGGGGAAACCAAUGAACAAACAAAUAACAGCACUGAAACUAAAACUUCAUCCUUUAAAGCGAAGAAUUUCCGAGGACAAAAUUCCUUUGCAUGUAUGCAUAGCCAUAGUUAUGGGGAGACUAAUAAUAACCCAAAUAAACUAAUAAUCGAAAAGCUGCAAGUAUUAUUGGAUCACUAUACUCGAAUGAAAGAUGAAUGGAGGAUUCUCAGUUAUCGUAAAGCAAUAUCUGCUAUCAAGAAAUAUAAAAAACCAAUUACUUCAUACGAAGAAGCUAAAAAAAUUCCUGGAAUAGGGCUACGCACUGCUGAGAAAAUUGCAGAGAUAAUUGAUACUGGAAAUUUAAAAAGGAUAGAUAGUUUCUCGGAAGGCGAUGACAUAAUCAAAAAAUUUGGCAACGUUUAUGGUGUUGGGCCAUCAAUCGCUAUGAAAUGGUAUGUAAAAGGAUAUAGAACCUUUGAAGACGUACUGAAAGAUGAAAAAUUAACGCGUAAUCAAAUAUCGGGCAUAUUGUAUUAUGAUGACUUGCAAAAAAGGAUACCAAGAGAUGAAGUAACGAAGAUAUCAGAAUGGGUAACACGUGCUGCACUAUCAAUAGAUCCCAAAUUAGAGUGUAUUACGGGAGGGUCUUAUAGAAGAGGAAAUCCAGACUGUGGAGAUGUUGAUAUAAUGAUAACAAGGAACGAUUCUGACGGCACGACUCAUCUUGGCGUCUUGUCAAGGCUAGUUGAAAUUUUACGUGAUCAAGGAUUUUUAACACAUGAAUUAGUACAACAUAAUGGAGAGAGUCUUUCCGCAAAAUUCAUGGGAAUUUGUAAAUUACCCGAAGGAGUACACAGACGUUUAGAUAUAUUUAUGGUACCAUAUAAUGAAAUGGGUGCGGCGUUAUUAUCGUAUACUGGUAACGAUAUAUUCAACAGAAGUAUGAGGUUAAUGGCCCGAAAAAAGAAAAUGUGCUUAAAUCAACAUGGAUUAUUUAUGAAUGUUUCGCGUGGGCGUGACGGAAUCAAAUACUCUGAAGGCAAAAUAAUUGCUCAAAAAACCGAAAAAGAAAUAUGUGACGCAUUAGGAGUUCCAUGGCGUCCACCAAAUGAAAGAAACUGUUGAAAAAAAAAAAAUUAUCAUCAUUAUUAUUAAAAAAGUAUUUUUAGUUUAUAAUACCCCAUAAAAAUAAAUAAGCAUUAUAUAUAAAAAUUGUAAUAUUCAUUAGUAAGCUACGUUAGGCCGUCGAUCAUCAACCAAUAAACUGACUCCUAAGUGAUCUAUUAACAAG